GGAGGUCGACCGCUGGAAAGGAGAAGGGUCGUUUGGAAAAUCCUAUUUUCUUGUUUUUAGACAAAGCAAGUGGCACGCCUAACAUCCAACUCACGUGGUAGAGGCGUCUGAAGCCAUGCCACCGAGAAAGAGCAGAGACAAAGAGGUUCAACCAGCCCAGGCUGAACAUGCAAAUGAUCCCAUCACUUUUCUCCCAGUGUCACCUUUGGCAAAACGGUCCUAUGGCAAUCCAAUUUUCAAAGAAAGGGAUGCAGACCGCAGAGAUGACUUUGCUGAAUCAAGUAAUGUGUUUAGAGGUAUGACUGAGCGUCUGGAUUUAGCAUUCAAAGAACAGAACCAGGCUAUGCGGAGACUUGUUGAGAGUCAAGCAGAAUCCUCCAGACGUGAGGAAGAGUUAAUUACACAAUGUAUAGAAGAGAUGAGACGGGUCUUUGAAAAAGGCACUAGGGUGAUGCGAGAAACUGGGGAAGAAAGUCACAGACCACUGCAGGCUGUUUCAGAACAAGUGGUUGAGCAAGAGGAUGACCAAUCUUCAACCUCUCCAAAGGUGGCGUCUGUCAUUGUGAGUCCAGACGGAGUUUUGAAAGCAACUUUUGAAGCACAAGAACAGUCUGGGAAUCAUGGAUCUGAAUCAAAAGAAGAUGACACUAUUCAUUUUGGGGAAUUCUCAGUGAAUUUGUCAUGUCCAGUGCUGACAUUACCCUUGGUUUUCCAAGCCAAGAAGGAGGAGGAAUCAAUCGUCUGUGAGUUCCCAGAACAGACAGAAGAAGAGGUAAGUGUUGUUCCAGCUCAAGAUGAUGAAGAGGAGGACAUGGCUGACAAAAUUGUGUUUGAAAAACCAGAAGAAAAGAUGGCUAGACACAUUAGGCCACUUUAUAUCAAUGCUCACAUGGAUGGGACUCCAAUUAGCCGAGGGGUGAAUCAUUCAAGGGGUGUGCUGCCUGUUGAAUUAACAGUGGGAAAUAAGACACUGAUGUUUGCGUUUUUUGUGGUGGAUACUGUUGCUACUUAUAAUGCACUUUUGGGGCGUGACUGGAUUCAUUCAAGUUGGUGUGUCCCUUCUUCACUUCACCAGAAACUGAUUUUCUGGAAUUGUGGCAAGGCUGAGGUCGUGUCUGCAGAUGAUAAGCCUUUUUCAGCCAACACUCACCUGGUGGAGGCUAGAUAUUAUGAAGAAGACAUUGGUACCAUUCGGUUUUUUGGGAUGGAUAGACAUGGGAAACCAAUUGGGAUAACAGCAUGCAGCAGACCGUCUUUGUCUAAACGUGCUGUGGAGGAAGUCUGUGAUGAACUUCUUCGGCCAACAACAAUAAUUCCUUAUAGGCCGAAGGGGAAACUAAAAAUUGAAGAAAUCUAAUGAAGCAAGCUCGUCUGAGACAGGAAAGAGAAAAGGCCGUGUUGGAGAUAACA